CGCCCUUCCCGCGGCAGCGGCGCAGCGCAGCCGAACCCUUUCGUCUGUUUCCGGAAGUGGCCGGUGCAGCCCCGAUCCGUUCCGGCUGCUUCCGAAACCAGCGCCGAGCCUCUUCGGCAGCUUCCGGAAGCCGGGGUAGCGAGGCGAGCGCGCUCGGCUACCUCCGCCGCGGCGGAGGCUGGCGAGGGAAGGAAGGCGCGAGCCUUCCCGCUGCUGCCGGAGCUGCGGCAUGCGGCUGCUCUCGCGGGCUCUCCGCGCGGCCCAAGGGUGCCGGGCAGCCGCGCUUCCCCCUCGGAGCUACCGAGCAGCGCGAGCGGAGGGCAGCGCAGCGGAGGCACGCCGCCUGCAUCCGCGGCGCCCGCUCAGCGCCCGGCCUUACUUAGACGAGCUGUUCGCCGCCCCCUCCUUACGCCGCCUCCUGGAGGAGAGAGCACGGGGCGGGGCCGGGGCGGGGCCGGAGCUGGCGGCGCGGAUCCGGCAGCUGCGCGACAAGGAGCAGGAGCUGCGCGACACCCAGGAGCUGGCGCGGCAAGAUGGGAGUGAAGAUUUGCGGAAGCUUGCAGAACAGGAAAUCAUUUCCUGUCAAGAAGAGAUAGCUGAACUGAAACACCAGAUAGUAUUGCUUUUGAUUCCUUCAGAAGAAACAGACAACAGUGAUCUUGUCAUGGAAGUAACUGCUGGAGUUGGGGGACAGGAAGCCAUGUUGUUCACUUCAGAGAUAUUCGAUAUGUAUCAACGAUAUGCUGCGUAUAGAAAGUGGAGGUUUGAAAUACUAGAAUACUUUCCCAGUGAAAUAGGUGGCCUAAGACAUGCAGUUGCCAGUAUAGCAGGUCUUGAGGCUUACAAAUACAUGAAAUUUGAAGGAGGAGUGCAUCGUGUUCAGCGAGUGCCAAAGACAGAAAAACAAGGACGCAUUCACACCAGCACAAUGACUGUUGCAAUAUUACCCCAACCCACUAAGAUGAGGCUGAAAAUUAAUCCAAAAGAUCUACGAAUAGACACUAAGCGAGCUAGUGGAGCUGGGGGCCAGCAUGUCAAUACCACAGACAGUGCUGUACGGAUAGUUCAUAUUCCAACAGGGAUCGUGUCUGAAUGUCAACAAGAAAGAUCUCAAAUAAGAAACAAAGAGAAGGCUAUGCAAAUGCUUUGUGCUAAACUGUACAAUCUCAAAAUGGAAGAAGAAACUAAAAAGCAAAACAGUGUCCGAAAGAUUCAGAUUGGAACUAAAGGAAGAUCGGAGAAGAUCAGAACAUACAACUUUCCGCAGGACCGGAUUACUGACCACAGAAUAAGCAGAUCCGUGCAUCAUAUUGAAUGUUUCAUGUUAGGGGAAGACAUGCUAGAUGAAAUGAUACAGUCCCUGAGGGAAUACGCUGAUUAUGAAUCUUUAAUGGAAAUUAUUUCAGAAAAUGAAAAAUUAAAUCCAUCCUGAACCUUACUCUUUGUCAGACCAUAUUACAACAGAUACGGGCACUUGUCUGCCAAAGAGCUUGUUGGAGCACUAUCCAGAAGAUGGAACUGUUUUUCAUGUCAUGAAAGACAACGUAACUUGUUUCCUCAAAAUUGAUAAACAGUUUUCUUACUUGCUGAGUCGAAGACUUUAUAUGAGACAUUAUUGUUGCAGUAGUACACUUAAAAAGUAAAUAUGACUGGUCCAGAAGUACCUGGAGUUUUUACUUUCUCCACUGAGAAGAUACUGAUACACCAACUCUCAAAAGGUAGGCAGAAAAAAAUGAGCUAUUUCUAGUUCCAGGUUUCAUUUGGACAAUAGUUUAGACAUUAGUAGCAAGCAGCUUACCUGAGUUAACAGAAAAAAUGCUAUUUUGUUAGAAUCAUUGAAAGAGUAUCUCUGCUACUGAUCUAGAGAUUUCACAAGCAGAUUUGUUAGUUAUCACUUACGCAUGGGAGGGAGUCCUUCCAAGUGUAUCUCUUUCAUGUCCUCAUGGCCCUGUAGCACUUACUGAAAACAAAAAGAAGAAUUCUUUAGGAAUAUCUCUUUUUCUAACAAAAGCUGUUGAAGCCAAGGGACCAGUUGCGUGAAUUACUUUGAAAAGACUAUUUUUGUUCUUGAGUCAAAAGUGAAAUGACACAUUAUGAUAUUGUUUUGCUGUCUCGAAGGCUGAUUUGAUUUCAGUCUCUAUUUGGCUUCAGUUUUUCAAUUUCUGCUUUACAUUUUUAAUUGGCUGUCCAGUUUAUUAAAUAGUUUUCUAAAUG